CCUGUCGCCAUUUUGCGAUGUUGGCAUCGAACUGUCAAACUGAAUUUCGGCUUGUUUUUCUUCACUACUUCUGACAGGAUGAAAUACGACUGUGUUUGCUUCUAAGCGUUGAACAAACAUGUCUGAUGUAGAGCUUGAUCCAGAAGAUAUCACUGAGAACCCUGAUCCUGAAUCGGCCCAAGAGGGUGAUGAUGAUGAUGAUGAUGCACAAAAUAACACUGAAGCAGAAAGUGAAGCUGCUUCUGUUUCAGUCGGAAAUGUAAAUCUGACAAAUAAUAACACUGAAAGCCACCCUCACAAUGCAGUUGAAGGUGAUGGAGGGACUGGUGUCAAUGAAGUACACAAUGCUGGUGCAGCUGUAGAUGAUAUUGAAAUACAUUGUGAAGUAAGUGUAGAUAAUGCAAAUGUUGCUCUAGGUGUUGACAAUGCCUUAGAUGAUGAAUCUGAGUUGUUAGCUGAAGGAGAUCAGGGAAGGGCUGUUGAGGCAGCUUUAGAAGAUUCUGGGUUUAACAACAAUUUUGCCGCUGAGGAUGAGCAGUACCUACCAGUUAUUGGAGCUGAUUGCUCUCUAGAGCCGGAGAGUAACAUUGGAGUGCACAGUUUCGAAAGAGAUGGAGGAGCAGAGGGUUGCAUUGGUGAUGGACAAGUUUCUAACAACAAAAGACCGCAAGCAGAGAGAACCGAAUCCUGUGGUCAGUUAGUUAGCCAUGCCAAUCAGUAUGGAGCUGGUUCUCCUGAUUCAUAUGUUCAGCAAAAUAUUGCAGAGCAAAGAGACAAUGGUAUUGAUGCUGCUUCUGCAUCAGGUGUUAAUGAAAUGUUGAUUCCGGAAAGUGAAGUGGAAGAAAUGUUAAACAAUUCUGGCGCAAAUGAAGGUAUAAACAUAGAAAAGGAACCUACAGAAUCUGACCAAGAAGACAAUGUUAUGGGUGCAAAUGAUUUAGACCUUUCAAAUGAACAACAUGUUCAGUCUAGCACAAAUAAUAUAGGUAGGAAUGUAGUAGAACAUGUUGAGGCUGGAGCAUCAGCAGUAAAUAUUGAUGUUGACAAUGUUGUUGAAAGCAAUGAACAGAGCAAUGAAAACAUUAAUGGUGCUGUACCAGAGGAUGAAAUGAACGCUGUUUGUUCAUCAAAUAUUAUUAUCACUGAAACAGACUCUUACCAACCAGAAUGUGAUCAAAGUGAUGUGGAGGCAUGUAGUAACCAGUCUAGUCCUUGCAGAAGAAAUCCAAUUGAAAAUGACCAGCAAGAUAAUCUGACCACUAACCAAGCAAACAUAGUUAACUUGAAGAUGAAUGGUUCAAAACAAGCAGAAAGUUCUUGUUCAGAAUCUGAGUCAUCUGGGUCAUUUCCUCAUUCAGAUAAUGCAGUAAGUGUUCAUUCUGAGAACAAAAAAGUAGAUCUUACUAACCUUGAUUUGUCUAAGGACAAAGGUGCCAUACCAAAACGAACUGCACAGUCAAACAUGACCAUGAACAAUAGAAAUCCAUCUAGUUCUAGUGAUAACUGCAGUGAAGUCAACAGUAUGAUCCACAUAGACUCUGAAGACGAACUUUUGUCAGAGCUGGAUGCAACUUUAAAAGAUAACAACUCUGAUUCUUCUAAACAUUCCAAAUCUAAAGCCAAUCCUGAUAACCUAGUCAAUGAUGAGAGCCACUCACAAAAAAGUGCAAUGUCUAAUGUAGAUGUAGAUGAUAAAAACAGAGAUGAUGUUGUUGACCAUAAAUCCUGUGAUCAGUGUGUAAAAAACAGUGUUAAGUGUUCAUUUAGUGAUACACCUGGACCAAAGAAGGAAAGUUUGGAUAAUCCAGGCCAAAAGGAGUUCAAGAGCCAGAUGAAACAAGCAAAACAGUUGUUGAUGGAUCGGGAAUGUGAAAUCAGCAGGUUGAGAGAAGAUAUAUCAGAGCUGAAGGAGCGUGUGGAGACUGUCACUUCGGAGCGGGACUCUGGACGACGCGAGCUCGAGAAACUACGAGAACAUAAUGCUGAUGAUCUUUAUCUGCCACAGAUCAAAGAGCUUGAGUACACAAUCGCCCAUCAGCAGACUGAGAUAAAGGGUUUGAAGGAGAAACUGUCGUCACAUGAUGUCUCCGCUAAGCGUGCAAUAGCCUCCCUGCAGGGUGAAAUGAAAGUCAGGGUCGAACAGAUUAAUCAACAAUUCGAGGAAGCCAAUCGUGAGAAAGACUCAAUGGUUAUGAAAUAUGCGCAGGCAGAACACAAAAACCUUGAGUGCCUCAAGAGAGCAGAACGGGCAGAGGGAAAACUUCGUGAGUUGGACAAAGAGCGGGCGCAGUUUUUGGAGAAGAUGAGGAUCAUUAAAGACCAUAGGUCAAAGGUUUCUGCUGAUCUCGAGGCCAAGAUAGUGGAGAUUGCCAACCUUAAUCGGGAACUCGACAAAAGUCGGGAGAUGGUCUGCUCUACGGACACUCGUGUCAAGUGGGCGCAGAACAAACUCAAGGCUGAACUGGAUGCUCACAAGGAUACCAAAUCUCAGUUGGACAAGAUGAGUGUGAAGCUUAAAGAAGCCAAGGAGGAAACUCAGCAGAUCCGCCGUGAUUGUCAGGGCAUCAUUAAACAGUACCAGGAAUCCGAGGAGGUGAAAUCCAACAGCUUAGACAAGGAACUGAAACAAAAGGAGUCUGAACUGCUGGAAAACCAGGUUCAGAAGACCAACUUUGAGCUGGGUCAGGUUAAAGCUCUACGGGAACUAGAGACAGUCAAGGAUCAAUUAAAGGACUCCAAGGCCAAGUUAUCUGCUCUUCAGGAGAAACUCUCCACCACAGUAGCUGGGAAGGAACAGGCCAGUCUCACAGUUGAGAAGUAUGGGGAGCUGAUUCAGAAACAGAAGAAGGAAAUCCAAGAGCUGAGGGAGAGGGUGGAGUCUUUGAUCCAGUACAAGACUGACUUUAUCAGUGCUCAGGAGAUGAUAAAAUCUCUUGAUAUGGAGAUUGCAGAACUAAAGAUUACCAACAAAGAGCUGGUUGCUGACAUGGAUGCCUGUCGGCGUCGGGAGACAGAUAAACUUGAACUGACAGCAAAACUGAGCAGGAAGAACGCAGAACUGCAGUCAGAGAACACCACUCUUAGUAAUAAGGUGAUGAAGCUGACAGAAGACCUACAGAAGGUGGAGAUGGAGAGUCAGGAUGUUGAAACCAAACUGAAGGGGCUGGUGGAGAGCUUGGCCACAGAGAAAAAGCUACGGAAAGAGGAGGCCCAGAGUUUCUCUACCCGGCUUGCUGGAAAAGCGAAGGCCGUGGAAGACCUGAGUCGGAAAUUUGAUGAUGAGAGGGAUGAGAUUAAAACACUGAAACGUAAACAUGCCAACAAUGUCAAGGAUCUUACACGGCAACUGCAGCAGGUGAGGAGGAAGCUUGAAAAUUACGAAACAACGAGUAACGGCGAUAAGGACACUGUGAGUCUGGGCUCUCGCACCAGCUCCAAUGGUUCUCUAAACACUGUUGGAAUUGCUGAGCAGACAAACACCCAUGUCAUACAGCCCAGUCAGGCACCCAGCAAUAUGCAAAAACAUUCACCUCAGGAACAGGAGUACCCAGUGAUAACAGAGCAGGUAGAGGUUGAUAAACAGAUGCUGAUUGAGAGGAUCGUUAAACUCCAGCGGGCAAUGGCGCGGAAAAACGAAAAAAUCGAAUUUAUGGAUGACCACAUCUCACAGCUUAUUGACGAAAUACAGAAGAAAAACAAAAUCCUGCAGAGUUACAUUCUGAAGGAGGAGGCUGGUACGAUGACAUCAAACUUCCGUGACAAAGCAAAGCAUUCUGUUGAGAGUUCGGACAAGAUUGUUGAAGAACUUCAGAAAGAUGACCGAUCCUUGUUGGAGAUAUCUCGCAAGCACAGCAUCAUGGGGUCACUGUACAGUUCACACUCAAAUGAUGGGUCAAUGACCUUGGACCUGUCAAUGGAGAUUAACAGAAAACUACAGGCAGUUCUUGAAGACACGAUACUGAAGAAUAUGACUCUGAAGGAGAGUUUGGACACACUUGGGGCAGAGAUUGCCCGCCUGUCUCAGGAAAAUCGCCAACUACAGCUUACCAUGCAGCAGAAAUCUCGACCCCGCACAAAUCCCACCCAUAGAUAACACUUGCUGGCAGAAACUCCUCCCUCUUCUACUUGAGCUUCAAGCUUCGAUGUGAUCGUGACUGUAUUUUCCAGCUUGGACAAUUUUACUGGCAGUAUUAAAUGCUCUGACAAUUUUGGUUGUGAUACAAAAGUAUCAUUGUAGCUGUACCAUUCUACGAUUAUCAGCUGGGACACCUUCCUUGCUGUUAUGAAUCUUCACAGGGAAAAUGGCUGUGUUCAAUUCUUUUUCAUUGAUCAUUUUACUUCAUGACUCAUAAUACUGGCGAAGGUAAAUUUGUUACAAUCUGGUUUAAUGUUAUCCUAUCCACUAAGUUUAUGAUGAAGGUCUGUCAUUUACUUAUUAACUUACACUGUUUUAUCGUUCUGUAACGUUUUUUCUAUCAAAGCUGUAAAUUUAUAUGCUGACAAAAUGGCCAUAUUUUUCUUUAAAUUCGUAUUUCUUUCUAUUUUGUUUAUGUUUGAUUGUGUUAAGCUUGAUUUAAAUGGUAAAAUUUCAUUGCCAGAGAACUUGCAACACCGGAACCCAGUACAUGAACACCUUGUUGCUCAUUCUUACAAUGUUAUUUAAUAAAAUGAUCACUAAAUGAUCACAUCAAUAAAUAUUCGCUAAGGCACGUUUUAUCUUUUCAGCGUUAGCACUAUAUGGUGCCUAAUUGAAAUAGUUAUUUAGGCACAUCAAGGACUGUAGACAUGUUCGAAAUUAACGUUAGUAUGAACAGAUUAACAUUGAUCAUACUUAUAUACAUAAUAAUGUUGGAGUAGGUAUCUAACUCGUAACUGUCCAAUCUGAUCUGACAGGAUGCUCACCACUCGCACCACUCGGCAAAGACACGUGUUCUGAAUAAACAUACCUACCUUCCAAAGCUGUAAACAACGUAGAUAACAUUCUCAUAGAUACUUUUAAGAGAUUUUGUGUACAGAAUUCACAAUAUAUUCUGUCUUGAGUAAAAGUAAUCUGCUUUGAAAUGUUUUGUGUAGUGGGAAAGGGUAGUAAUAUAUAGUUUGCCUUCCUCUCUUGGGCUGUUUUGUUAUGGGAACUACGGCGAGAGUUUUGUCAUGAAACAUUUGUGUAUGUACAUAUUGUGUAUGCACUGGUUGUGCAUAAUAACAUGUGGUUAUGAAAAUACUUAUACAAAGAUGUGUUUAAUGACAUUAAGAGACAUUGCAGUGUGUAAACUGCAUUUAAAGGGACUCUCUCAUUGAUUGGCUCCAAAAUGCAUUUACCAGCAAAUUGACAAUUAUCUGUCUGAAUAUUUGUGAAAUUUACCAAAAUUUACCAAUAUUACUGCAAACCUACCCAGUAUAUAAGGGGCACAUGUUUCUAAUUUAGAGGAAGGCACGGCAGUAUUGUAAUGUUAUAUAACUUAUCGACUGACGGUAUUGAUACCUGGUAGUAUUUUCAUCUGAGCAUGCACAAAUAUUUCUGCCUACAUUUUUUUUCCAAUCCCAAUUGCAUUAUUAUCACAGGUCAAUGUUGACAACUUCAAAAGACAAUAUUGAAACAUUUACAGAAGUUUCCUGUAUGGUGCAAACUUUCAGCAACUUACAAUUUGCAAUACUUGAAAAUAUGGCCAAUAAAACAUUUUCUAUCAAGAGUCAAUAAUUGUCAAUCUAUGAGAGCCCCUUUAAUAGUGUUUCAACAAGAGAUUCCUAAUUUCAUUAAAUGUUACAAUGUUAUAGUUUAAUGUUAAGAUAUUUUCUACAAGUUUAUAAUAUUAUCAGACAUAUCAUGAUUAUAGAAUCUCCUCUUGUUUAUUUUUUAACUCGUCAGAUUUUCUAAGAAAAAAAAAACUAUCGUCACAGCCUUGAUGUCAGCAUCAGAGUCUUCAAAGUGCAAACACUUUAACAUUGGCUUUAAAGGGACUAUACACCAGAUUGUCCCCAAACUGAAAAAUUAGUAUUUCCUCAAAACAAGCUUAGAAUUAUCAAUUACGAUCUAGUAUGAAGCUGAUAUUUCAUUAUUUUACAUGAUUAAAAUAAUAAUUUGUCGCUGUCUUAGCUGAGUUUACCCGUUUAAAACUAGCGCAUAAUAGUUUCCCAGUUUAUAGUGUGUAUUUUAGCAUGUGAAAGUCACGUGAUUAAUACAAAUGCACAUGCCGACGGUAUUUUGACAUUUACUGGAAUUACGUGGAAGACAGACUUGUGUCGUUAGCGAUGUGAUAGAUCAGUAUGAUUAAAUGAAUUGUACACAACAAUCUCAAUUUUAUGUCUUUUUUCUUGCAAUGGUUUUACCUUGUGUCUGGUCCCUUUAAUAAUUUCCAGUUAUGCCCCUUGAAGGUUAGAAAAAAACAUGCAAAAACUGAGUCAUAACUAAAUAACCAUUGAAGAUAUUCACAUGAAACUAUGUACACAUGUUCCUAGUGCCAAUAUGUACAUGUGCUGCACAGCCCAUACAUCUGACUUAAUAAUUGCCAAAUGCCCUUUGAUUUUUUUUACUUUGAAAAGGUCACGCAAAAACUUUAACUUGGCCAUUGUGGAAUAAACUUUCCCAAGAGAUUUUACAUGAAACCUUGUAUAUAUAUGUUACCAAAGACAUUAACAACAUGUAAAGUAGGGCGCAUAAAUCUGGCUUAAAUAACUUUCUAUCUAUUAUCCUUGUUAAUGGGGAAAAACAGACGAGCAUUGGGGUUCCCUCUGUGGCACUCUUGCUGAGUUUCAAUAUUAACACAUGUACAAAAAGUGUAUCAACUUGAAUUAAUCAUUGAAUAAUGUGAUAACUGUUUUAAUUAAUGAUCAAAAUUAUAUUCUAAUUCCAAUUAAGUUGGAGGCUUAUCACUUGUAGAAAUGUUUACUUGGUGUUAUUGCAAAUGAGUAGAAUACUUAUAAGUAUGUCAUUACAUGUUUGUAUGAGUAGUUUGUGGUUUAACAUAUUUAAUUGUGAAACAUAUUUAGGUACAUGUACCUUCUAAUAUACUGUGGUUUAAUGUAUUAGCUAUUUUCGUUCUGUUGUAUUUGUGGGCACAAUAUGUUGAGGGCGCAGUAUGUUGUGGGCGCAGUAUGUUGUGGGUCAAUUACAUGGGUUUUAUUUAAUGACUUCAAUGCUCUGUGUAGAAGUGUGUAUGACAAGUUGACAUGCCGCUUAAACUGGAUUAAGUUUAUCCCUAGUAAUAAACUACCUUUUAAAGAUUUUUUUUUUUUUAUCAAAGUCUGUGUGUUCAUUCAUCUUGUGGUUGUCCAAGGGUGGUGACAUCUUUAAAUUGGUUCAACAGUUAUGAAUAUUCAGAACAAGGUAGCUCGCUGUUAUGUCAAUUUCUUAACUGAAGCUAAAACUGUUUGCUUUCAACAUUACACAGUAAAAGCUAUGAGUUUUUAAAUAUUAAGAAAUUCCAAUGUUUUACUGUUGUGUCCAAGACAAAUACAUGUACACUGUAGGUGUAUUUUAAGUGUGAUUUUUAUCUAGAUUAAUUGUUGUAUUUAUAAGUUAAGAUGUAGAUUUAUGUAUACAUACAUAUGGUGAUACUUAUUUUAUUGCAUGAUGACUGUGCUAUACUCACAUUCAUAAUUAUGUUUUGAGAUGUGUCUGGUUAAAUAUUUGUUUUGAAAAUUAAAAAAUAAAACACGCAAACAUCUGUAUUUGA